UUGCAAGGUACUCCCGGUUUCGUUUGCCUACUGAUCGUUAAGGCAAUAUUCCUGCUAGAUUUAUGUUUGGUUUUCAACAUUAUUAUGUCAUUAUGGUUCAUCAGCUGACGUACUAUUUCUUACUUUCAAAGACGAAAUAUACCCUAUGAGAGAACCUCUUUAUUCCUAAUUAACCUGUAUUAACACAAUAGCAAAGAUUUCAAGUGUCCUAUCCUUAUCGCUCAAAUCUUGGCUCGACACUAAACCUUCAGGAUUCUGUUUUGCCAAAGUGGAUUUCAGAGUUAAUAUCAUUUAAGUUAUUUCUUGACAGAAGUUCGGACCUCGAACCGCCUCUAUUUCACGAUUGGUGGAUAUCAUGUGCUGCAUGAAUUCUCUUCACUAAAGGAAGUUACAGGAAAUUCGACAGUUGGUGCUAACAUAUCUCAAAAUUAUACAUCAGCUACUGUUUUGAGAGCAUGACCAACGAAAUUUCUGGAGUACAGUCAUUAGACGAAUAUCAUGUAUCUUUCGAUUCAUUUCAUUCAGGUGAAACUCCUAAAACCGCAUCUGACGCCACAAAGUUUUUCCUUAUUGAUGCAAAUGAGGUUCUAAAUACUCCCACUGCAAUAUCUAAAACCUCGAGUUCAGGGGGGUUGUUUUUCGCCGAUGAUUUUCAUAAACGUCUCCCUGUCCUCAAUUCACUUUCAAAUGACCAUCAGUCUUCUGGAUCUGUAGGGUCAGAACAUCCUAAUACAACCGAUAAUACGGAAAAAUCCGGUGUUCUGCAUCCAGAUCCUGGGAUUUUACAGACAGAAAACUUGUUCAUAUCUCAGUUUGAAUUAAAUCAACGAUCUUGUUCAUCUCAUUCUGAAGUUAACACAUCAACUGUAUCAUCUGUGUUAUAUUUAAACCAUCUUUCCCCUGACAGUACUACAGCAAAAAUCGAUUCUGUGCCUGUUUCAAUUAAAUUGGAAUCAAGUGGUAAUACUUCAACUUCGUUUCCAUCAGUUAUUUCUAGUAAUGAUAGUAGCACUACAAUUCAACUGAAUGAUUUGCCACUCUUAACUGAUGCACUAUCAUGUCUUGAAAACACAUCUAUAACUGUUGCUCAAACAGCUGUUUCACAUUCGACCUACCCAAUAAAUACAUCUACUACAGCCAGUAAUCUAUCGACGAUAUCUAAUGCUGUUGUCAUCAGUAAUGUCGGCCUUACACAGAAUCCUUGUUUGUCCGUUUCAGCAGACUCUAAUCCUGUUUCUGCAAUAGCUUUCUCAACUAGAAACCAGCCGCCUUACAUACCAGCCCCGCUUGUUCUAGGAAACGGUCUAACACUAACCACACUGUUAACUGCUGAUAACAGUACUGGUCUCCUGACACCUACAACUCCGAACACCGCUUUGUUACCGCUUCUGGCGUCUCCUGGUCCCGGAGGUUUCUAUACACCUGGUUUGUUAACUGGCCUAGCUAAUCCAACCGGUACUUUUUCAUUUCUAUCGCCCGUUCCAAAUUUAUUGGCCAGUGGUAAUGUGGAGGCUACUAAUGUAUCUGUCGGUGAUAGUUUCACCCAGGCUUCUGUUACAGAGGAUACUAUAGUAAAGCAAGAACAUACGUGCUUCACUGAUACAAUAACAGUUGAUAAUGAUCUAAUUAAUACACCGCAUAAAUUUGUUAUAAAUAAUCCUACUGAAUGUACACCAGAUACGACGGUUGUCACGGAAGAUGACAUAGGUAGUAGUGAGUAUUUAUCUAAAUAUACUCUGAAAGGAACUGGGGUCUCAAGAAAGCGUAAAGCGACAACUCGUAAUAAGAGCCGAACAGUUAAAGGAGAAUAUGGAGUUCAUUCUGAAAUAGAAUCUCAGACAGGGAUAACAUCCAAUAUACCUGAAAGAAUAUCAGAAAAGCCCCACAAAUGCACUUCAUGUAAUAAAUGCUUUUCGCGGUCGGACGAACUUACGCGACAUGCGAGAAUUCACACUGGUGCAAAACCUUUCAAGUGUGUUGAAUGUCAAAGGGAAUUUUCGCGUUCAGAUCAUCUAACUACACACAUGCGAACGCAUACAGGUGAACGACCGUUUGUUUGUGAUAUAUGUGGUCGUAGUUUUGCUCGUUCGGAUGAACGUAAGCGUCAUACAAAAGUGCACCAAAAGAGUAAUCAAAAACCUUCUAACUGUGAUUCGAAAGUUAGUGUAACUAAAAGUCCAGUAGCUCUAGCUUCUGGUCCUAAGACGAACUGUAGUGGGAAACGUAACCUUCCACAUGCGACAAAAUGCUAUGACACAGUUAAAACUUCUCGUAAAUUGAAAAUAGAAGACUUGGCAGAUAGCUCUACUUUUCAGUCUAAUCCUUUGGGUGUGGAAAAAGUAAGUGUACUUAACGAUGGAAUCAACGUUAAUCAACCUGUUACGGAACAACGACUACUUUUCGCUACCUGUGAUUCUCAUCCUGGGCAGGUUACUUUACAUGCUUUUCCUAGUGCUACAGGUCUCGGUGGCUCCAGUGUCAUAUCACCCCACUCGCAAUUAGUUUUCGCAGCUUUACCUUCUAUGUCACUCUCCGCAGUCCCUGUUUUGAGUCAAGUUAAUACUGAGUUUGCGAACACUUUUAAUCUCGCCACUGGAACGUUCGCUACCCAGCCUCAUGGUCACUUUUUGGCAGUUUCAUCCACACCACUUUCAAGCUGUAUUCCCAAUUCCUCAACCGAAGGUAACAUAGUAGUAUCACAGAACCCAACCGCUUCUACAGUUUCACCAAGCUUUGCGGUUUUAACUACUAUUCCAUCACAGCAUCAAAAUGAAACGAGUGCGGAAUGUGUGCAUGGAACUUCCGUGAACAAUGUCAUAGCAUCAACGUGCAUCACAACACCGACCAUGCCGAAUUGUUACACUAUCCGUGCUUCACUUUUUCCCCAGCCAGUUCAAGCGUAUCCUUCCGGAUUUCACCAUCCUCAAACCUCACCCUAUUUCACUGCCAUAGCAUGUUCCCCGGACGGCCUAAACGCUAAUCAAACUGGUGCAUUUUUCGCUCCUAUGAUAGCUGCCACUCAGUUACCCACUAAUACGACUGUUUCAGGCACCGAUCUUCCAACUAGCUUCCAUCCAGCACAACCUAAUCUUCAGCCGGAAUUCGUAGCUACAGCUGAUGGUAUUUCUUCAACUAGUUUACUCACAGGUACCCCAACAUGUAUUUUCAUCACUCCGAAUCCAUAAGAUGCUUUAAUGCCUUUACUGUCUCAUAACUUUACUCAACAUACAUAAAUAAUAUCUAUUUCCUUGCUGUCACUGUGUUUUGCUGUUUGCUGAAUCUGUGAUUUCGGUUCACGACUUUGAGUGUCUAUGUAGGGCUGUGUUAUAUAUUUACUUCGUUAUAUUUUUCGCAUGUUGAUUUAUAUAAACAAGCAAUUACUUUUUUAUUUUAUGAAAUAUUGACAUUUGGCAUGUAAACUAUUGUAAAUGAAGUCUAAUUGAAUCUUGUAUUAGUAAUCAUAUACUCUAACUUAUCUUGCAAAACUGAAUACUUUGUUUUAAUCUGUGUCAGGUUUUUUGUUUCACAACGAAAUUUUUUUGUACAAUUAGUUUCGUUUGUAUUUAUUAUGCAUGCGAAUCUAAGACUAUCUCAUAUUUUUAACUUGUAAAUGUUUCUUUUUUAAACAACCUCACUUUUAUUGUUCACAAAUUGUUUCUAUACAGUAGUAAAUUAUUCCCCAUUCCUAAUUCCAUAGAUAUUAUUUAAAGCAGUAUUUUACGUGAGUUUAUUAUCUCCCAUAGAAGCGCCCCUUGUAUUUCUUGAUAUAUGUACACGUAGUUAUUGUUUUACUCCCCAAUGUCCUUUCAAUGUUUGUUUAUUAUAAUUAUCAUUCAUUUUGAGAAUUCAAAAAAAAAAUGCUUUUUAAUUUCAAUACAUAAUAUUAAGCACUUUAGCACAAAGUGCUUGUUUUUUUUAUCGUCUUACAGUAUUAUCUUAUACUUUGGUAAUGUAUUGUUGAAUUUUGUGCUUAUAUAUAUAGUUGAUAUGAUGUAUAUCGCUUGUUACCAUUCAAAAACAUAAAUCUUCAGAUUAUUUGGGACUUAUUAGAUACGUUGUAAAAAAGAGCUGUAGUAUCGAUCGAUUUAUAUAGUUGAUUGUUUCACUUGAAAUUAAAGUACCCACAAAAUGAAAAUUCAAUUCUAACUAUUGGAAUUUGUCGUGUCACUAAACUCACAUCUAUUCAUUCACAGUGCGUAUCUAUUGUCUAGUGAUAUUGUUUAUUGAGACAGUUACUGAAUUAUGCCCGAAUCUGCUUUUCUUACUGACAGACUCUAAAUUUCACAAUUCUGUGUUAUAAUUCACCAUAAGUAACCCGAAAUAAUUUUUAAAGUGUUGGUUAUGAAUUUAUUAGGAUUGUG